CAACCCCCCAGGUUGAGCCUCCAGCUGUCGCAAGGCUGCGCUGAGCUGAGCUGAGCACAUGAAUCUUUCUGGUAUUUUCAACUGCAUGUCUAUCGCGAGGCUGCGUGCGUGACCUCAAUUUUCAGAAGCGAUCUCAUUGAAACUUUUAUCUCUCUACCUAACCAGAUCCCUGUUCUUUUUUGUUCAUUACAUGCUUCAAGCGCGUUAGGCGCCAUCAACCACAUUCAUCAUGGAGCCUCGAGCGCGUGCCGGCAAGAAUGUCGGCAAGAUGAACUUCAGCCAUGCAGAGUGUACGUCGUCUCCCGCUCGCUCUGUCAAGGCCCUCGUUUGCUGAUUCUAAAACAGUGGCACAGCUACUCUACGCACACGGCGAUGUUCAAAACCCACUCCCAGAAACCGUGCGAGUACUCGACGAAAUCCUCACCGAUUUCAUGCAAUCCAUCGCCUUCGAGGCGACACGAGCAGCUAAUUACUCAGGCCGCCAAAAGAUCAAAUACGAAGACUUUGAGUUCGCGUUCCGUAAGAAUCCCGCGUUCCUGGGCAAAGUUCAAGAGGUAUUUGAGAAGCAAAAGGAGAUCAAGAAGGCUCGUGAGAUCUUGCGCGAUGGCGAGGACGAGAUCAUGAAGGAUGCUGCGGACGAAGAGAAGAAGCGAGAAAAAUCCGAUACGAGGACGGGAGGAGCAGUGGGAGCCGCGGCGUCAAGGGUCGAGGAGGAGUUGGGUGAAGCUGACGAUGAUGCUGAAGCAGAGCUGGACGCAUUGGGUAAGAAGCGAUGAAAGAAAUUGAGUAGAGCCGGGCUCUUACGAUUGGGCGUUCUACCACUUGAUUCUAUUUCGGCGUUCUACAGAGAGAUUGUCGUGGGUUGGCAAGGCGUUUAGAGCAUACUAUUGUGGAUUGGGUUGGAGUUACAGCGAGGAGCAAGCAAAGACACGUCCUAAUAAUCAAAGGAUCCUCAUGCUGUCGGGUGGCAUGCAUUGGAGCAAUCGGAACCUUAUGGGAUCUUAAUAGCUCAGAGUCUAGGCACUAAAUAUUGAGGUUUUGACCACGGAUGGGUAGCUGCCAUACCAAGUCAAAGCCCUGGUCCAUUUUAAUAUCAGUUGGCAUACAUAUAAGCGAAUGACUGAUUCUGAAGUACGGCACCAUAUAUAUCAAUGUAUCCCCAAUGUAUUUAUAUGAACUUUCUUACCAUGGA